GGUGGAGGGGAGCGAGCGUGGCAGUUGGUGUGUGUGUCGCAGACCCACAGCGCUUGAAUGAGAGGGCGGCCGCGGCCCACCCCAUGCACAGCCCUGUUUGAAUCCACGGCUUGAGCGGCUGACAGAAAGCAUGUCUCCCGGGGACGCCCAGGCCGGCCCCGAACGGCCGUCCUUUCGGCUGGUGGACGUGACGAGGUUCUACCGCCUGGUCAGGUACGAGAACCUGGUGGCCGGAGUGAGCGGCGGAGUGGCGGCCACCUUGGUCCUGCACCCACUGGACCUGGUCAAGAUCAGGUUCGCAGUGAGCGAUGGGUUGUCCAUGAGACCAACAUACAAUGGAAUUGUACACUGCUUCAGGAGCAUUUGGAGGCAAGAAGGAAUUAGAGGACUUUACCAAGGAGUCACCCCUAAUAUUUGGGGUGCAGGAUUGUCUUGGGGAUUGUAUUUUUUCUUUUACACUGCCAUUAAAGCCUACAAGCAGGAUGGUCGACAGACGCAACUUAGUGCUGCUCAGCACCUUGUCUCAGCCGCUGAAGCAGGUGCAGUGACGCUUUGUCUCACAAACCCAAUUUGGGUGACAAAGACACGGCUAGUCCUGCAGUAUGAUGCAGGUGUUGACCCAUCAAAGAGACGGUAUAAAGGCAUGUUUCAUUGCCUUUUGAAAAUAUACCAGAAUGAAGGUAUCCGUGGACUCUAUAAGGGAUUUCUACCAGGUCUCUUUGGUACAUCACAUGGGGCUCUUCAUUUCAUGGCUUAUGAGGAGCUGAAGAGGGAAUACAAUAACUACCAGAAACUGCCAACAGAUACCAAGCUGAAUCCCUUUGAAUACAUAGCUAUGGCAGCAUUGUCCAAAAUAUUUGCUGUGUCAGCAACAUAUCCAUAUCAAGUAAUACGGGCUCGCCUUCAGGACCAACAUAACCAAUACUCAGGAGUAAUGGAUGUCUUACGAAGAACAUGGAGGAACGAAGGGGCUCAUGGAUUUUACAAAGGAAUCAUUCCUAAUGUGCUUAGAGUGACUCCUGCGUGUUGCAUUACGUUUGUGGUAUAUGAGAAUAUAUCUCGUUUCUUAUCUGGUUUCCAACAAUCAUAAUUCAUUGGACUGUUGUGAGAAGUUGAAUCACUAAGGUAUGAUGUACAAGGUGUGAGGAAAUCAACUUGUUCUCAUAUAAGCACCUCUGCAACAGAUCUAUUUUAGGUCUCCAGCUCUUCAAAUUAGUGAUAUUUUGAUUACUGCUCUUAAUUUAUUUCUGUUUUGUAAAUCUGCAGUGGUUGCAGGCUAUGACAUGACUUACAAGUUUGAAGUUAAAGUACUAUGUAAGAUAGUUUUUAAAGUUUUAAUUUAAAUCAUUUAAUUUUCAAGAGUCUGUAUAAAACACAAGCAAUUAACAUUUUGCAAGCAAUAGUUACAACGAAUAAUAAUAAUAAAACUAUCAGCCUGCUAUGUUGUUGCAGGGAUCUUUUGUAAUAAAGUAUUUUAAAUAUAUUUUGUAACAUUAUGCAAAGUUGAUGGAAAUUAAAUGAUAUAAAGUGUAAAUAAAGAUAAUCAUGGUUGACUUGGA